GGGGACAUCGUCAAAGCCAUCCAGAACUUCUGCAGCAACACCGGCAUCAUGGUGCCCUCUGACUACGCGCAGAAGGGCACCAGCUACGGUGACUCGCACGUACAGAUCUCUGGCAACUGCAGUCCCGCGCAAUGGGUGCCGCAGUAUUGGUGCUUGGUAAGUAUUUUUUCCUCUCCAUCUCUCCCUGUGGUAACGACCAUUUGCUAACGUGUCUUCAGACUCAGUUCUACAAUGUGUGCGCAAAUAGUGAUGCCACUGGU